GACAAAAUAUGACAACUCAGCUCUUAACCUAAUAUAUCCACAUAGGAGUGUUUUGUCUAAAAAUCGUAGUAUUUACUUUCUUUUAUAAAAUGUUUUACCGUAAUGUUUAAAAAUAUUGUCUAUAACAUUACCAGUUUUAUAAAUCUUUCAUCAAAAUCAAAUAAAUACCACAUUAUCAAACGUUUUAAUUCAACAAUCAUGAAGAUUGGCACUCACGAUGGCGUGUUCCACUGCGACGAAGUCCUGGCUUGCUGCAUGCUUAAACUAUUACCUAUCUUCAAAGACGCGGAGAUAAUUCGUACAAGAGAUAUGUCGAAGUUAGAUACAUGUGACAUAGUGGUAGAUGUUGGUGCUGUGUUUGACCACGAAAAACAACGCUAUGAUCAUCAUCAAAGAGAAUUUAAUGAAACAUUAAGCACUGUGAGACCAGAACUAGGUGAUAAGUAUAAAAUCAAAUUAAGUUCUGCAGGUCUAGUAUAUGCAUACUAUGGAGAAAAAGUGAUUCGCUCAGUCGAACCUAAAGAUGCUCCUAUAAGUGAUGAAAACUUGAAAGUUAUCUAUAAAAAAGUCUAUGAAAACCUUAUAGAAGAAAUAGACGGAAUAGACAAUGGUGUACCAAUGACUGUAGAAGAACCGAAAUAUAGAAUUCGUACACAUUUAAGCGCUCGUGUUGGCAGAUUAAAUCCGGAAUGGAAUAGUGAACAAAAAGUUGAUUUGAAUGAAGUAUUUAAAAAAGCAAUGGACAUGGUUAGAGAAGAAUUUUUGUUUACAGUGAAUUAUUCAAUAUCAGUAUGGUUGCCAGCUCGGAAUUAUGUUAAAUCUUCAUUAGAGAGUAGAUUUGAGGUACACAAAUCUGGAGCAAUAUUGGAAUUUAAAGAAAGAUUUCCAUGGAAAGAACAUUUGUUUGAUUUGGAGACGGAAAUGGGGUUGGGUCAUCAAACUAAAUAUGUGAUUUUUAAUGACAAGCCCAAUUCGUGGAGAGUGCAAGCGGUUUCUUUGGAUCCUCUUAGCUUUUUGUUAAGAAAGCCACUACACAAAGACUGGUGGGGUGUCAGAGAUGAAGUAUUGAGCGAUGUGUCAGGUAUUGAUGGCUGCAUCUUCUGUCACAGUACUGGCUUCAUCGGUGGCAAUGUGUCAAGAGAAGGUGCUCUGAAGAUGGCUAUUGCCAGUUUAGAAGCUUGAAUACAUAAUAAAAUCGAUUAAAUACAAA